AUGACGCAAAACUAUGACUUGCCAAACUUCCCUCUCUUCAACAAUCUGAUACAAUAUGCGACGAAUACGGAGCAAAUUGCUAUUGAUGAUAGUAGAAUAGGAAGGAGUUUUACUUACAAGGAAUUGAUUACUGCAGUAAUCAAACUUAGGCAUGAGUUACUAAAUGGCAAAAGUUCUUUAAAAGAGCAAAGGGUGUUAAUUCUAUGUCCAAGUGGUUUCCCUUACGUUGUCGCUUUAUUAGCAGUUUGGGCAGCUGGAGGUAUUGCCGUACCUUUAUGCACGACACAUCCAUUACCGGAACAAAUCUAUACAAUGCAGGACUCACAAUCGUCACUUAUUGUUGGACACCCUCUCUUUGGCGAACGAAUAAGCCAACUGACUUCAGAGAUAACGAUUUCAGUCCUAAUCAAAGAUGAUUCCUCGUUUUUAAAUAUGUUAGGCGGAGAUGAUUUACUACAACAAACGCAAAUAAUGAAUGAUCCUGUAAGCUUCGAUGCAGGAAAUCUCAUUAUAUACACCAGCGGCACUACAGGUAAACCCAAGGGUGCAUUGUCAACACAUGCCAUUACAGAUGCUCGGAUUUCUGUUCUUGUCAAUGCUUGGUAUUGGACUGCCAAUGAUCGUAUUCAUCAUACUUUACCUCUACACCACAUUCACGGUAUCAUCAAUGCACUGUUAUGCCCCUUGUACAUCGGGGCCACUGUCGAAAUGUUUGAAAAGUUUGAUGCAGCACAAGUAUGGGGACGAUGGGCAGCAAAUAUUGACGAUAACAAGCAAGAACGACCAGCCAUGACAGUUUUCAUGUCAGUCCCCACUGUUUACUCAAAAUUGAUUCAGCAUUAUAAGAAACAAGAUGUGGAGAGGCAAGCACAAUUGACAAGGUCAUGUAAGCAAUUCAGACUCAUGGUAUCCGGAUCAGCAUCAUUACCAACAACUUUAAGGAACCAAUGGAGAAAAAUUAGUGGAGGACAGGUCCUGUUGGAGCGCUAUGGCAUGACAGAGAUUGGUAUGGCACUUAGUCAAGAAUAUAUGAUAUCAGAAAGAGUGGAAGGAACGGUUGGAUUUCCUUUGCCUGGUGUUCAAGUACGUCUUAUAUCACAAGAAACUAAUCAAGAUGUUACUGAAGACAGAAAUGAGCCUGGUAUUCUUCAAAUCAAAGGGUGCAAUAUUUUCAAAAAAUAUUGGGAAAAGCCCGAGGCAACCAAGAAGGAGUUUACAGAAGAUGGCUGGUUCAUAACAGGUGACGUAGCUCAAAGAUUGGGUUGUCGUGGAUAUUAUCAAAUUAUGGGUAGAAAAAGCGUUGAUAUAAUUAAGACAGGCGGUGAAAAAGUCUCAGCAUUAGAAGUAGAAAGAGAAUUACUGUCAUGUGAUUUAGGAAUACAAGACGUGGCUGUUGUAGGAAUUCCUGAUCCUGAAUGGGGUCAAAAAGUAGCAGCAGUAGUUGUUAUGGAGGACAACAAAGUGAGUGAUGUAUGA